CCCCGCCCACCCCUGCCCAGCGGUGUGUUGCGGCGUGUGAGAGCGACCCACCCCAGCCCCACCCAAAGCGAGCCAUGUCGGACCCCAGGGACAUCGACGAGGACGCCAUCCUCAAGGGCCUGAGUCCCGAGGAGCUGGACCAGCUGGAGUAUGACCUUCAGGAGAUGGACCCCGAGAACGCCAUGCUACCCGCUGGCUUUCGGCAGCGUGACCAGACGAAGAAAAGUCCAACAGGGCCGUUUGACCGCGGCGCUCUGCAGCAGCACCUGGAGAAACAGGCCAUGGAGCACCCGGACAAGGAGGAACUGGUGCCCUUCACGGGGGAGAAAAAAGGAAAAGCCUUUGUGGCCAAAAAGGCCGCAGAGAUUCCGGUGCACGAGCAGGUCAUCCUGGAGCCGGAGCUUGAGGAGGCGCUCAAGAACGCAACGGACGCCGAAAUGUGUGACAUCGCAGCUAUCCUGGGAAUGUACACGCUGAUGAGCAACAAGCAGUACUACGACGCUCUGGGAACUACCGGAACCAUCGCCAACUCUGAGGGCAUCAACAGUGUUGUGAAAGCAGAUCCCUUUAAGAUCUUCCCUGAUGAGCCACCAAACCCCACCAACGUGGAUGAGACUCUGGAGAGGAUCCACAACAACGACAGCACUAUGACAGAGGUCAACCUCAACAACAUCAAGGACAUUCCGAUCCCGACCCUGAAAGACAUCUUUGAGGCGAUGAAAGGAAACUCUCACGUGGAGGUUCUGAGCAUCGCCGCCACCCGGAGCAACGACCCUGUGGCCUACGCAUGUGCGGAAAUGCUGAAGGAGAACACCAGUCUGCAGAGUCUGAACAUCGAGUCCAACUUCAUCACUUCCGACGGCAUGAUGGCCGUCAUCAAGGCGAUGGCCAACAACGCCACACUGGUGGAGCUUAAGAUCGACAACCAGAGGCAAAAGUUGGGCGACUCUGUGGAGAUGGAGAUCGCCGCCAUGCUGGAGAACAACUCCAGCAUCCUGAAGUUCGGCUACCACUUCACGCAGCAGGGUCCCCGCGCCCGAGCUGCCAUGGCCAUCACGCGAAACAACGACAUGCUUCGCCAGCAGAGGCUGAGAUGAAAACACGAAGAUGACGAGGAGAAGAUGGAUGGAGGCUGCUAAGCACAGGAGGACACGUCCACAACACUUCAUUUUUGUCACUGAGAGCACAAUGUGUCUUUUUUUAAGACACCACGUGUCCUCCGUGUGCUGCCCAAUGAUUCAUCUCAUUGUCGGGGGAGGAGCAUCUGUAAAUACUUCCAUUAAAAUAUUUAUUCAACUA